CGUUACGCUACCUUUGCGUGCUGAUUUGAUUUCUCUCCCCUUUCCAGCCCAAAAUAAAAUAACAAAAAUUUGCUCAUUUUCUGCGAUCCAAAAAAGAAAAACUCUCCCGUCUUCCCUUUCCUCCGUUCAGUUGGUCUUCUUCUCUGGGGUUAGGGUUUCUAUUUGUUGAUUGCUAACGCGAGAGCAGAAGAUGGGGCAGCAAUCGCUGAUCUACAGCUUCGUCGCGCGCGGGACGGUGGUCCUGGCGGAGUUCACCGAGUUCACCGGCAACUUCACCGGCAUAGCCGCUCAGUGCCUCCAGAAACUUCCCGCUUCCAACAACAAGUUCACUUACAACUGCGACGGCCACACCUUCAACUAUCUCGUCGACACCGGCUUCACUUAUUGUGUGGUCGCUGUGGAGUCUGUUGGACGACAGCUUCCAAUUGCUUUCCUUGAGCGGAUCAAAGAGGACUUCAGUAAGAGAUAUGGCGGAGGAAAGGCCGCAACAGCAGUUGCCCAGAGCCUGAACAAAGAAUAUGGGCCCAAGUUGAAGGAGCAGAUGCAAUACUGUGUGGAUCACCCUGAAGAGGUCAGCAAACUUGCUAAGGUGAAAGCUCAGGUUUCUGAAGUUAAAGGAGUUAUGAUGGACAAUAUAGAAAAGGUACUUGACCGUGGGGAGAAAAUUGAGCUUCUCGUUGACAAAACCGAAAACCUUAGAUCUCAGGCACAAGAUUUCAGGCAGCAAGGGACGACGAUGAGGAGGAAGAUGUGGUUACAGAACAUGAAGAUUAAGCUGAUAGUGCUGGGGAUCAUAAUCGCAUUGAUUCUCAUCAUAGUAUUAUCUGUUUGCGGGGGUUUCAAAUGUCAUUAGUAUCAUUUUCUGCUACCAUGUUCUUUGCGAGAGCUACCAUAUCCGGGGACUUACGCUUGUAUAGUUUUUUUUGUUUUGUUUUUCUUUCCCCCCUUUUGUUUUUGAAUUUUCAGAAUUCAAUGGAUACUAGUAAUGUUUCUUUGAAUGCGUGGGUGCUUGCUUUGAUCACUUCACUUGUGUUGUUUGCUCCAUUUUGAUUGAUGGAUGCCAUGCCAUGCCAUGAUGGGAGUCG